CCUGCCCUAAGCGCCCCGAGGGACAUGACCCAAGCGGCCGCGGCGGCGGAGCAGGCGGAGGAAAACCUGGCGGAGGUCGGGACUCCCAGCUCAAACAGCCACCUAAGGGCCGAGGGGGAGUCGGAGGACAAGCGGGCGAAUGGAACCUGCCAGGCCGCGGCGAACGGGAACCCGGUGCUCUGCGAAGCCGCCGCGGGGGACUUCCACAAGCCCCAGCCCGGGGAAGAGGAGGAGGAGCCCCAGGCCCGACUGGUCCCCCUGCUUCCCCGCGGCGGCCAGGCCGAGGCGGAGGCGGAGGCGGAGGCGGAGGAGGGGGGCCGCGGCCGGCGCACGGCGCUGUCUCGGCGGCGCUUCGUCGUGCUCCUCAUUUUCAGCCUGUACUCGCUGGUCAACGCCUUCCAGUGGAUCCAGUACAGCAUCAUCAGCAACGUCUUCGAGGACUUCUACGACGUGCCCUUGACGGACAUCGACUGGCUCUCCAUGAUCUACAUGUUGGCCUACGUGCCCUUCAUCUUCCCCGCCACCUGGCUGCUGGACAAGGGCGGCCUGCGCCUCACGGCCCUGCUGGGCUCGGGCUUCAACGCCCUGGGCGCCUGGGUCAAGUGCGGCAGCGUGGCCAGGGACCUCUAUUGGGUCACCAUGCUGGGCCAGUGCCUGUGCGCCGUGGCACAGGUGUUCAUCUUGGGCUUGCCCUCCCAUGUGGCCUCCGUGUGGUUCGGACCCCGGGAGGUGUCCACUGCCUGUGCCACGGCUGUGCUGGGGAACCAGCUUGGUGUUGCAGUUGGCUUUUUGUUACCACCAGUUUUGGUGCCCAACACAAAGAAUGACAGUUCUCUCAUGGCACACAAUAUCAACAUCAUGUUCUAUGGAACAGCAUCAAUUGCCACCCUUUUAUUCCUACUAACAAUAAUUGCAUUCAAAGAAAAGCCUCAGUAUCCACCAAGUGAAGCUCAAGCAAUUGUCCAACAAAAUCCCCCAGAGUAUUCCUAUAAACAAUCAAUAAUGAAUUUAUUAAAAAAUGUUCCCUUUAUGCUUUUGCUAAUUAGUUAUGGUAUUAUGACUGGGUCAUUUUAUUCAGUCUCAACACUAUUAAAUCAAAUGAUCUUGACAUAUUAUAAGGGAGAAGAAGUCAGUGCUGGACUGAUUGGGCUUACUCUAGUUGUGGCAGGAAUGGUGGGCUCCAUUCUCUGUGGUUUAUGGCUGGACUUCACCAAAACAUACAAACAGACUACUCUAAUAGUUUACUUGUUGUCUUUUGUUGGAAUGGUUAUAUUUACUUUCACCUUGAACCUUGGACAUCUUAUCAUUGUGUUUAUUACUGGAGGAGUACUUGGCUUCUUCAUGACUGGUUAUCUCCCCUUGGGGUUUGAAUUUGCUGUUGAAAUCACAUACCCUGAAUCUGAAGGCACUUCAUCGGGUCUUCUGAAUGCUUCUGCACAGUUAUUUGGAAUUUUUUUUACAUUGGCUCAAGGAAAACUUACUUCAAAACAUGGCCCUCAUGCUGGAAAUAUUUUCCUUUGUGUAUGGAUAUUUGUAGGCAUCAUUUUAACGGCACUAAUCAAAUCUGAUCUGAAAAGACACAGUGUAAAUUUAGGAGCUCGGAACAUGGACAUUAAAGCUGUGCCUGUCAACAGUCCUAAAGAUCGAAAAUCAAAAAACAUUAUGUUGACCAAACAAUCAGAAUCAAGAAUUUGAGGUGAAUGGAAAAGUUCAGUAGAAAAUCAUGCACAAAUUUCAUGUAAUACUCAGUAGUAUGAAUUGGGAUAAUCAGAUAUGUCAAAAUUGAUCUACAAGCUAUGAGAGAUGAAACUACUUGAAAAUAAUUAUGUGAAUUACAAAUGCACAAUUACUUUUGCCUAAAAGAGGUUACAACAUUUUAGCACUAUUUGUUAUUUAUCAAACAGUUUUACAUUUUUUAUAAUAGCACAUCUCUGAAAAUAAGGGCAUUUCUGCAUUUACUUUUUGAAAAUGGAAUAUUUUUCUAUUUUUUUAAACUAUGAGAGUGGCAAUAGAGAGCAUAUUAUUCUCCUUUAACAUAUUUAGGAUAUCCUUGCAAGUUCUUUUCUAAGACAUCAGUAAAAUAAUGGUACUAAAUUCUCUUUUAGUAAAGGAAAAACAAAAUGCUCUUAGUAUUUUAUUAUCUGUGUAAAUGAAAAUCAGGCAGCCCGGUAUUGAUGAAUAAAGAAUUAGUCUUGGAUUCAGGAAGACCUAGGUUCAAGUCCUCGUUCUGAUACAUUUGGGCUUUGUGGUCUCAGGGCCUCCAUCAACUCUCUAAGUUAUAAAACAAUUGCUGAAUUAAAUUGGUACAGGAAGUUUGCUCACCAGAAGUUCUCUAUAUUAAUGAAUCACAGGUCCAGGCCCUCUCCCCCAAACAGAUAAACAUGACAGACUCUAAAAAUCCGAAUGUGUGCUUUCUUAACUUCAUAUUCAUGAUAUCUGUCCAUCUUUAAUGUAUGCUAAUAGUAUACAAACAUGAAGCUACUGAGCCAAUGAAGGGGACGUGCUUGGAGUUCUCUAGUGGCCAAAAGGAGUCCUGCAUUUCAUAUUUAGUGUAAAGUAAAUUCUGUCAAAAUUCCAUUCCAUGUUUUAUUAUGAGAGGAAUAGAAUAACACUACACUACAUUACUUCUGUCUGGUUGUGAAAUGACCACCUUGCAUUUCUGCCUUGGAAGCUGUCAAGAGAAUGAAAGCCACAUUUUAUAGUCAUAGGUUUUCUCAGUAAGUGAAGCUACUUCUUGGCACAAUUGUUGCAACUCUAUAAUUGCAACUCUUUGGGUUCCAUUUUCUUCACCAUCUACCAUGUACCCUUUAGGCACUGUGCUCUCAGGUAACACAGGGUGUAGCACUGAUGCCAAGGAGUAGUGCAUGGAUGUGUCAGAGAAGAGCAGUGUCCUUCUCUUUCCCCCACAAAAAGGCAUACAUGAUAUUCUUACAUGUUCUUAUGACAGAGUGUUCCUUGAUGUGUGCAAGGUAAGAAUUGGCUGAGUGUUUUUCCACAGUGCCUACUAUAGUGUUCAUUCUGGAUGCCAUGGACAUGUAAAUGUUUCUGACUGAAAAACUGUACUGUACUCUAUUGUAUAUACUGUACAACUGUACUAACAGGUUGUAAGCCCUCAACUUCUUCCAAGUUUCAAAUUCUGCAUGAAGUCUUUUAAGGAAAGGCCAUAAUGGUAUCUAGAGUCUUGAAUAACUGCAUUAUUUGCAUCAUGUUCACACAUAAAUUAGCCCAAACAUGAAAAUUCAUGAAAGGUGCCCCUUUUGUAGUUGGAAUCAUAAUCCUGAUUUGGGCAGGAUCCAUGUACAGGUUUAUAUUUAACUUUUAAUCAAUUCUAUUCAGCAAAGACAUAAUACAUGUUAUCAAAUAUAGGCAAUAGAAUGACAGUGGAAAGAGUACUAGAUUAAAAAUCAGGAGCCCUUGGUUCUCAUUGUAGAUCUACCAAAUGACUAAAGGACUGUUAACAAAUCAUUUAACCUCACUAAGUCUGUUUUCUCACCUGUUAAAGUAGAAUUGGACUCAGUGAUCUGUAAGCUCCCUUCCAUUUCCAAAAGAUUUUACAGUGCUAAGUACUUUACCCCAGGUUGAGUUGGGUGCAACCAGAUGAUUGGUACCCCAGGCAUACUCCAACCUGUGCAAUUGGAUGAGAUUAUGUGAUUCAUCUGCUUCAUGGAUACAAAUGAUCCUUGAGUCCUUUUUAAUGGCCUCUUUGGAUGAGGUCAGUUGUAAAGUGCUCAGUAAAACUUCCUUUGAUAUUCAGAGCAUAAUAUGUAUUAACAGGAAUAUAUUUAAAGAAAUGUUACUGUAAUUAUUAAAAGUGUUUUAUUUUAAGUCUCUUAUAGACUUAAUGGGCACUUGCUGAGAUUUUUGUAAAAGUUACAAUUAAAACUGGAAUUACUAUCUUUUUGAAAAUGAUGGAUCUUAUGUGUAUAUGUUUUCCCUUAAGUUACUAGGAAACCAACUGUUGUUUUUUUUUUUUAACCUGCUUUGACAAAAGAAAAAGAUGAACUGAGAAUUUCCUAUAUGUGAACUAAAGCUGUAGUUUGGAACUCUAAAUGGACAAGGGCUGUCUGGUACUAUCUCUUGUAUCUUGGAUUGGAUUGCCUUUGGCUGGGAAAAGUUUUCAUUAAAUUAUUUCAGUGAUGUAUUUGUCAGGUGGCACAAAGAUGAUUAGGUUUGAUUUUUUUCCCGUAAAUAUUCCAUUUUGUUUGGAUACGUUGUUUUUUGAAGUGAUGAGAGCUCAGUUCCACCAGAUACCAAAAUUGAUUCUCUUGGGCUCAAAUAAUUCAUCACCACUUUUGCUAUUGGCUUUUGUUUGGAACAGGUCAUUUGGAUUACUUAUCAACAAGAGUGAUCCUUUAUGCCAUUAUAGAGAUUACUGUGCCUUCUCCCUGGACCUCCUGGCAUGCUCAUUAGGUCACCUUCCACCAUGCUUCCUGGGAAAGGGUGCCUGGGCUAAGCUUCUUGGCAUAGCAGGUACUACCUGCACAAGGCUAAAUGAAUGUCCCUGGCCUGCUGCACGAAGAGCGCAUGCUGCCAGCUUCCGUAAAGAUGCCUUUCUAAAUGUUGCAAAGAUAACUUGUUUCUUCAGUGUGUUGGAGAAAUCUCAUAUAAGAUGUAUUUGUUUGAACUCAGUAACUCUGGAAAAAAUGCUUUUCAUUUUUGUUUUCUUGGAGUGUGAAAUAUCACUGACAUUUUUCAUGUUCCUUUGAAUCUAAGGUAUGUUGUCCUCCAGUAUUCGUAAUUUGAAAUGAAUUU